GGCUGUUUUCUCACAAAAUUACAUAGCCUAGCCUCACACUAUUUCAUUCUAUUUUAAAUAUUACCCAGGUGACUUACAUGGAAUAUAUUAUUGAAAUACCAUUUAUUUCCACUUACUGAGCCGAUGACUUUAUGUACCUAAAAUGAAAUGUAGGAUAAUUAUUUAAGUUUCAGUUUGUUCGCGAAUAAUCUAACAAUACUGUUUGAUAUAAGCUCGUCUGUCGUAUGCUUGCAUGGUAUAUUAGCGAUGCAAACCGGUAUAAUUGGGAUUUAUUUAAAUUGAGGUUCUUUGUACAUAAACAUUCAAAGAUAUUAUUAAAAUUGUUUAAAUAUUUAUCAUAAGUAACCAAUGUGGACAGGUUGAUUUUCAUCCAAUCACGAGCUAGCAAAGCGCAUGUGCCGCAUCUACGCUCGUGACCAGAUAGAUAGAUGGAAUGAAACCAAAUAUAGUGAGGGAGUAGUAGUGAUUGCCACUCAAAAAAACACAUCAAAUAACUCGCUAAAAGAAAAAAGGAAAAUCCACCUCAGCUACGCCACACUUUACAAAGAUUUCAAGUGUCUAUGGUAAUGAACAUUUUCCGUCCCAGAACUCUUAAAUCAUUCUUGAACUGAUAGCGUUCGUGCAGCCGAGGGAACGCCUGCCUUAUAUCUUGCGAAUGUAUAUUUAAGCAGUGAUCAUUAUUAACUUGAAGUCGUAUCUGUAAUACUGUUUUGGUUUUAGCCACCUACUGAAUAUUAGUAUAAAUUUGAGACUAUUAUGCGACAUUAGUUAAUAAUAAUUGAUACGAAACACCAAACAAACUCAGUAAAUUCAUUGAUUUUUCUAAAUUUAGUAGUUAUAACAACGACUGAUUCAUUCAGUCUUUUUUUUAAAUGUUUAAUUUAGCUAAUUGUGUGUGGGUGCGCUAGAGGCAGGCGAUGGCACACACAUGCAACGAGCGACACAUGAAAUACUGACCAAAUCGGUCAAGAAGACACUUCAGCAGCGAUGUUCUCUCAUCUUCGUCUUUGAUGAUGACAGUUCCACCUUCACAACCAUUGAAACAGCACAUAACAAGAUGACUGGCUCCGACGACUCCAUAACUGACGGGGAAGCGGUAUUCAAAGUUACUGGUGAGAGGGGCAACGACGCCAACUCCACCUACACCCUGCUUCCCCGGCUGGUGGCCCAGGCUCGACGGCUGCGGCUGCUGUCCUGGUGCGUGACGGUGGUGGUGGUGAGCGAUGAUCCCGCCUUCCUGGCUGCCUUCGCGGAGGCGGCUGACAGCGGCCGCCUGAUGGUGUGGGAGACGAGGCUGUUGGUGGUCACCAGGCUGGCCAAGACACAGCUUAGCUGGUUGAUGCAAGAUUACUGGACUUUCUCUAUGAUGAACACCAUGUUCCUUAUUUCGUUACCAGAGUAUGAUGAUGAAAGGUGCCAGUUGUACGCGCACCUGCCCUACACUCCCCAGGGGGCUCGGGUGGUCCUUGUGGCCAGCUGGAGCAUACGUCAUGGAUGGACAUACGUGAAUAGACACACUGCUUUCCUUGAAAAAUAUAAGAACUUUCAUGGAAUGAGCAUCAACGUAUCAUGGUUCCCUGUGCAGCCCUACUUCACGGAAACAAGAGACAAAACUAGUCAAGUGCCUCGUUACGCUGGAAGGGGCUACACUAUUCUGGCAGAGCUCGCAGGAGCCCUGAACUUCUCCAUUAAUUUUCUUCCUUUCAAAGGGCAGGAGUAUGUAAUGCCGCGACUAUCUCAGCGUCAAGCUUAUAUUAGACCCAUCAAAGUGGCCUUUUUGCCGCAGUUUAUUGAAAGAUAUGACUUUACCAUAUUCAUUGAACGAGCAACGAUGGGUUUCCUCAUGGCCAAGCCCACACUCAAGCCCAGCUGGCAAAGUCUCUACCACCCGCUGCAGCCCGCGGUGUGGGGCUCCACCACAGGAACAGUUCUUCUGGUGUUUAUCGUCUUUCUGUUGAUGAACCCCAGGAGCGAGGGAAAGAGCGCCGGGGCGUGGCUGGUGGUGAAGCAGGUGGUGGGGACGCUCCUCGACGAAGCUAUUCAUGGGGAGUUGCCACGGCGGAGUCCGACGCGGGUGGUGUUGGCGGCGUGGCUCAUCUUUGCAUUCAUCGUGGGAACAGUUUACCGCAGUAACCUGACCGCCAGCCUCACAGCUCCUAAAUACCCUCCCCGCCCGGAAACUCUCACCGAACUCGUCGACACUGGGGUGAAGGUCAUGAUUCUACCAGGUUUUGCUCAUUUUAUCGUGGGCUUUAAAAAGUCUACUUCAAAAAUAUACAAAUCAGUGAGUGAAAGAAUCGAAUAUGUACCCACCACUCAAGCAGGAAUGCAGCAAGCCAUACGAGAAAAGAAAGCCUUUAUGUAUGAACGACUAAGCAUGAAAGCAAUGGUCACUGAGAAGUUCACCAAUAAGAGAGGCUCAACACCACUUUACGUCGCGCGAGAAAACAUCCUGCCCGACUACUGUGGCUGGCCCCUCACCCCGAACACCCCCUUCAAGGCCAGCCUGGACCACUACAUCUUGGCUUUCCACGGGGCCGGACUGAUAGAGAGAUGGACGACAGAAGUUUUACAAAAAGCUCAGUUUGACACCCAGCGACGGCUUUGGAAAGAAGCAGAUGGAAGCGACGAGUUUCUGAAUGAGCAAGAUGCUUCUAACAGGAAUAUACUCAUGGCUCUUAGUCUAGUUCACAUGCAGGGUCCGUUAUUCCUUUACUUUGCAGGUGCCUUACUAUCCCUCGCAGUGUUCUGCAGCGAAAACGCCGCCUCAUUCUGUCAUCUGGGUCGCACCACAAAUACAUUACGGCGCCCUGCAACCUCCCGUCAUAUGUUCUUCUGUUAAAAUGAAAGCUUAAACACCAGCAGAAUAACCAGCCACUACUGAUAUUAUAUUUCUUUGGGUAUCAUUAACAUAGUUCUUCUGAAAAUGUUGACCUCGUGCACAUGCCGUUCUGUCUAGCGUCGGUAAUUACCCUCGGGGACAAGAUUAAUGGCUGGGUACUUUCCCAUCAUGGUUCUUCAGCCUUGUCAAUCAGUCAUCCGUGUGCCAAACCCUGAUAUGGCUGCUUGAUGUCAGGUAAAUUGUUACCAAACAUCCUAUAUAAGUGCAGCAUGAGGCGUCCCGCUCUCCGUGUAUCCCUGAGUUGUCCCAAGUCUACUGGGACAUUCGUUCAACUGUAAAAGUGUUGGACCAGUGAAAGCUCCUUGAUCUCUUCUUCAUUAUGUUCUUGCUGUACGCUCUGAUGGUUUAGUAUGUGUCCAUUACGAAUAUUGCAUAAUCCGAACUUUUUAUUGUGUUUCUCUUACCAGACGGCUAUCAUAGUUUGCCUGUAUCUCAACUGUAAUCUUAUGUAACUCCCUUUGUUGCCUUUUCGUCUACAUGUCAUUUAUUUAGGUUUAGUUCUUAAGUACAGCGUGCAUACUUUGUGGCUGGAUUAGGCUCUAGCUUACAAUAUUUUCUUUUUCUAUAUUUCUGAGAGCUUUUUAUUCUCUUUUUAGUAGCUUAGUAAUCAUGAUAACCUAAUGAUAAUGAUAAUCUGUUGUUUCAAUUGUACUUCAAUGUAU